AUGGAAUCAGAGGACGAUUUCGAUAUGCACGAUGCCAACGAUGACGACAACGACGAGGAUUUCUACAGUGGCGGCGAUGACGACGCCGCCGCCUCUAUGGACAGCGACGAUGCCGGCGUUGCCGAUUACGAGUUCAUCGACAAUGACUCUGAUGAUUCCAAUGACGCCGCCUCCCAUCGCUACCAGCAAAGCUACACUGUUUUGACGGAAGCCGACAUUCGUCAACGUCAAGAGGAGGAUGUCACAAAGAUAUCUACAGUGCUUUCCAUUCCAAAAUUUGCAGCUAGCAUACUGCUCCGCUACUAUAAUUGGAGUGUAAGCAAAGUACAUGAUGAGUGGUUUGCAGAUGAAGAAAAGGUUCGCAAGAUUGUUGGCUUACCGGAGAAACCAGUUAUCGAACACCGUAAUGCUAAAGAUCUUGAUUGUGGGAUUUGUUUUGACACCUUUCAUCGUAACGAGAUGCAUGCUGCAUCUUGUGGUCAUCCUUUUUGUUUCUCGUGCUGGGCAGGUUAUAUUGGCACGGCAAUUAAUGAUGGUCCUGGAUGUUUAAUGUUGCGCUGCCCUGAUCCAUCUUGUGGUGCUGUUGUUUUCCAAGAUAUGAUUAAUGCACUGGCUUCGAAUGAAGACAGGGAGAAAUAUUCUCGUUACUUUAUUAGAUCUUAUGUCGAGGACAAUAGGAAGACCAAAUGGUGUCCUGCUCCAGGCUGUGAUUAUGCUAUAGAUUUUAUUGUUGGCAGUGGAAGCUAUGAUGUUACAUGCCGCUGUUCAUAUAGCUUUUGCUGGAAUUGUACUGAGGAAGCUCAUCGUCCUGUUGAUUGUGGGACAGUGGCCAAAUGGAUAUUGAAGAACAGUGCCGAAUCUGAAAAUAUGAAUUGGAUAUUGGCUAAUUCCAAGCCCUGCCCGAAGUGCAAGCGACCCAUUGAGAAAAACCAAGGCUGUAUGCAUAUCACUUGCACACCACCUUGCAAAUUUGAGUUUUGCUGGCUGUGUCUUGGUGCAUGGUCCGACCAUGGUGAACGGACAGGUGGAUUUUAUGCCUGUAACCGCUAUGAGACAGCGAAGCAGGAAGGAGUGUAUGAUGAGGCAGAGAGACGAAGAGAGAUGGCCAAGAACUCUCUAGAGAGGUAUACCCAUUAUUACGAAAGAUGGGCAACCAAUCAAUCGUCGAGGCAAAAAGCAUUAGCAGACUUGCAGCAGAUGCAAACUGUGCAUCUUGAGAAGCUGAGCGACAUCCAGUGCCAACCUGAGUCACAGCUGAAGUUUAUUACAGAGGCCUGGUUACAGAUAGUCGAGUGCAGGCGAGUACUGAAGUGGACAUAUGCCUAUGGUUAUUAUUUACCUGACCACGAACAUGCCAAGAGACAGUUCUUUGAAUACUUACAAGGUGAGGCUGAGUCUGGGUUGGAACGACUUCAUCAAUGUGCAGAAAAGGAGCUGCAAGCUUAUCUCAAUGAAGAGGACCCAGCAAAAGAUUUCAAUGAGUUUCGCACAAAACUUGCUGGAUUGACCAGUGUGACACGAAACUACUUCGAAAAUUUAGUUCGAGCUCUGGAGAAUGGUCUGUCAGAUGUUGACUGUAUUGGUGCAACCAGUAAGACGGCGACGGCAAACUCAAAGAGUUUGGGAGCUGCAAGCAGCAAGGGAAGAGGUGGGAGGGGCAAGGCAACAACAUCCAGGUCAAGUAGCUCCCAUAGAAAUAUUGAUGAUUUAGGCCACUGGUCCUGUGAACAUUGCACCUUUGCAAAUGUGAGGUCAGCCACUGUCUGCCAGAUGUGCCAACAACGCCGGUAGGUUAAUUUUGCAAUGCAAAUUCACCUAGCUGGAUGUGGGGGCUUGGUUUCUUGCCCAUUUGGCUGGCUUGCUGCAGUCAAUUAUCGACCUAGUGGGCUGGUAGGGAGGAGAGGUUUCCCAUCACCCAUGUUUGGAAUUAUAAACGAAAGGAGAAAUCAGAAAUAAGAAAGGGUUGGGGGGAAGCAAAGAAGCAAAGAAGAAGAUACUUACUCUGUACGUCUUGUUUUAUUGGAUAUGGGUGGUAUAUAUAGUUCCUGUUGUUUGUCUGUGGCCAUCUAGUUUCACGCCAAUGUAAUUUAAUGUAAUAUUUCUUGAUUAAUUAGUUGCUGAUAAAAUUGUACCAAGUUUGAAGCUUCAUGUGGGUUGCACGAGUAAAACUAGUCGGGGGACAACAUACUGAAUUGGCCCCUGCAUAGAUGAAAUAAUUAUAUGUAAUGAACUUUUACCUUGUCUC